UAAUGGGUGGUGGACAGCAGAGGGAGAGAAGAGAAGAAUGUGUGUCAGUGAGUCAGGAAGAGCUGAAUGGGGAUUAAGCUGAACAGUACCAGUAGAGAAGAUACAACAAAACAAGGAGCCAAACAUUUCAUUCAUUUAUCCAGAGACAGAGAAAGAGGAAGAGGAAGAUGAAGAGUUUGGCCAAACUUCAGGGAAACACAGAGCAACUGCUGAUGUCUUUGUCAAACACUCUCCCAUCCUUGGCCCUGAGUAAUCAGCACUUGAUGCAAGAACACACUGAAAGGAGUCUUUUGCUGGAAGACAAACAGGGUUGUUCAAAGAAGGGUACAGAAUGGGAAAAAGCAGAACAAAGCUGGAACUCAAGACCCAAACACAUACCUGAGGGCAAAGAGUCAUACACAUUGACAGGGCUCAGCGAUGUCUCCUUGCCUCCUGAUACACCUUCAACCUCCAUCUCCACUGAUGACCUCUCUCCAAUCUCACCCAGCAACCAUCAGCCUCUCUCCACUAGACAACCAUCUACCACACCACAUCGCUCCAUCAAGGCCCUCAAGAGAUGGUUGAGCAGCCCAGUUCGAAAGCUUAGUCUGGGCAGAGCUGGCAAGGGUCAGAGCUCAAAGGUCAUUCAGAGCCCAGAAGGGUCAGCCUAUAUGUUUCUCCCUGUCUCAUCUACUCAAGGCCCACUGAGCCCAACGGAGUCCAAAAAACUGCCCUGCUCCUACAGAUCUCUGGACUGUGCUGAACUUUCAGGGCCAGCAUCUCCUGAAAGUCCCUGUUACCCAAGAUACCUGCAGAGGCAUCACUCUUGCGAUGUGCAUUCUGGGGAGAGAGAUCCCGGCUUGACUGACGAGACACAUGUACAAUCGCAGAGCCUAGAGGAUGAUGAGCAGGAGAGAAGAACUGCUUUAGAGAAAAGCAUAUAUGUGCUGUCGGAGCUGGUAGAAACAGAGAAGCUGUAUGUGGAAGAUCUGGGGCUUGUAGUGGAGGGUUAUAUGGCUACAAUGAAAAGUGCUGGGGUGCCCGAGUAUUUGGUGGGAAAGGAUAAAAUUGUGUUUGGGAACAUUCAUCAGAUCUAUGACUGGCACAAAGUCUAUUUUCUUGGGGAGUUGGAGAAAUGUGUGUGUGAACCUGAACUGCUGGCACAACUGUUUAUCAAACAUGAGAGGCGGCUCAACAUGUAUGUGGUUUACUGUCAGAACAAGCCAAAGUCAGAGCACAUUGUCUCAGAGUACAUUGAAACCUAUUUUGAGGAACUGAGACAACAGCUGGGUCACAGACUGCAGCUAAAUGACCUGCUCAUCAAACCUGUUCAGAGAAUCAUGAAAUAUCAGCUGCUGCUAAAGGACUUCUUGAAGUACUACACUAAAGCAGGCAGACAAACAGAAGAUCUUGAGAGGGCAGUAGAGGUGAUGUGUUUUGUUCCAAAGCGAUGUAAUGACAUGAUGAAUGUUGGAAGACUACAGGGUUUUGAGGGUCAGCUUAGAGCACAAGGAAAACUCUUGCAACAGGACACCUUCACAUUCAUUGAGAAUGAGAGCAGCAUCCUCUCCCGUCCCAAAGAGAGACGGGUGUUCCUCUUCGAGCAACUUGUCAUCCUCAGUGAGCCAAUCGACCGCAAGAAAGGAUUUUCCCAGCCAGGAUACAUCUAUAAAAACAGCAUCAAGAUCAGUUGUUUGGGCAUUGAGAAUCAAUGCCCAGAUGACCCAUGUCGGAUGGUGUUGACAUCUCGUAAUAUUGAUGGAAGCAUGCAACGAUUCAUUCUUCAUGCAUCAUCUCCAGAAAUCAUAAUGACCUGGGCAAAUGACAUCAUACAGAUGCUGGAGACACAGCACAACUUCUUAAACGCCCUGCAGUCUCCUAUUGAAUUCCAGAGGAAAGAAAUUAAAUCUCUCAGCCUAGGAGAGAACUUGACAACUUCACCCUCACUGAACUCUGGCCUGCAACCUUUUAGCUCUGCCUCCGUAGACCGCCAAGGUCUGCCCUGUCUGCGCUCCUGGAGUUCUUCACAACCUUCUAUGCCUCAUUGAAUGGUUAGAGUUUGCUGAAUUGUUAAGUUGACUUAUCAGAAUUUGUUCAUUAAACACAGAGUCCACCUUUUGUAGAGAACUGAUAUUUCAUUUAAAGACUUAUGAUUUCACUCUGUUCCUAUAAUUUUCAGCUUUCUGUCAGUCCUGUGAAGGCAGUUUCUUGUCUUCCUCUUCCCUCAGCUCAUACAAAGGCCCAUCUGUUACCCUCAUGAGAUCAUUAUAAGGAGAUAAAGGAAGACUUAGGCCAUUUAAGAGUUAAUUAUGUCCAAAAAAACAGUGGUUCCCAACCUCGUUCCUGGAGGCACCCCAACACUGCACAUUUUGCAUCUCUCCUUUGUCUGACACACCCAUUUCAGGUCUUGGAGUCUCUACUAAUGAGCUGAUGAUCUGAAUCAGGUGUGUUUCAUUAAGGAUACAUGGAAAACCUGUAGUGUUGGGGGGCCUCCAGGAAUGUGGUUGGAAACCACUGCUAUAAAAGACUGAAUUGAUUUAAUUAUCCAUUAUGACUGCCAUUUCAAUAUAAUAAUUCAACCAAACAAACUGUAAACCUAUCACAAGCUUCAAUCUUUGACAAUGUUAACAAUUUGAGUACUUUAUACCUACUAGAUUAGAUUUUUUGCUACCAUAAUAAAAAUUGAAUGUAUUGGACUGUUUAUACUAUCUGUGUCACCGACAGGAUAUAAUUCAUGAAGGAUCAAUAGGAUCAGAAAGAUUAUAUUUGUAGCUACUGCUAAUUCUAUAUUACUGAAUGCAGAGGCUGAAUUUAGGCAUUUGACUUGUCAGGUACUGUAAAUAUCAGGUAUGUGUACUUGAUCCUUUUUGUAAAAAGACAGAAUAUCAUGCUAUCCAAUGUGUUACUAUUUUUUUUUUUAUUUCAAUGUAGAUUUAUUCAUUAGCAGUUUAUGUUCACUGAAUGACCCUAAAGACUGUCAUAUUAAAAGCUGUCAAUUAAAAGAUUCUCAAGUUAUCCCAGACUUCUCUGUCUAUAGAUUUACA